CUAAUCCAGUGUCAUUUGCAGUUCAAAGUAGGAGGAUAUACCGGUGAGGAUAAGCUCGAUCAGAACCGCUUUGCCGACAUACAGUUAGACCCCAACGUACGAAAGUUCGCCUAUCUUGCCAAUUUCCUUAUUGGAAGGCAGCGAAUUUUGCUGUUCACGAAGGACUUAGACAUUGCCCGUGCUGCUUAUGGAUCGUGGGAAACGGAUACGGUUGAUAUGCAAGUUGAAGUGGCGCUUCAAGGUGUGGGGCUUUCAAUUGUGGACAACAGCGUUGGCAAGGAGUUACUGUACAUCGGAAUAUCUUCAUCGGAUAUACUGUGGGAGGAAGAAGUUAAGAAAGGCCGAUUCAAACCUUUGGCCGUGAAAUUGAUGCACUCACUGGAAGAAAAGUAUCAAGAACAUCUUCUUGAGCCGAAAAAUGAUUACCAGCCAGUCGACCAGUUUGAGGUCUCGUUUGAGAACAUGAUUAUGAAGAAGAAAAAGAGCAAGGAGGUGAAGAUCCGUCGGAUAUUUGAAAAAGGUAUCUGGAUGAAUUAUGGAAAGAGUACUGAACGAUUACGUCUUCAUCUCAAAAUUAAUCAUAUGCAAGUCGACAAUCAGCUCGAGACAUGCGUAUUCCCACGAGUACUGGCAAAUGUCCCACCUCCAAAGAGUAUCCUAGUCGAUAAUGCACCAAAGCCGUUCAUCGAGUUGUCGUAUUUGCAACGGCAGUCGGAAUUCUCGACGGUACCUGAAGUGGAAUACGCUCGAGUUCUAGUGCAAGAAUUCGCGGUGCAGGUGGACCAAGGACUCAUCAACGCGCUUUUGGCGUUGAUUGAAUCAGAAGUCAAUAAGGAAGCGUAUAGGAAAGAACUAUUCGAUGGAGACAUGGCGACGGCCAUGGUUCGUCUAGAAGAUACCGCUAUGCAAAAUCGGUCACACGCACCUAGAGCCUUCUACAAUGAUCUUCACAUUUCACCACUUAUGAUUCACCUUUCCUUCUCUCAAGGCGGAACCACUGCAGAAAGCGGAACUGGGGCUGCGAUGCCGAUCCAAUCCGAGUUCUUCAAGGUUCUGUUCCAAAGCGUCGGAGUUACUGUCACUGAGCUUCAAGACGUAAUCUUCAAACUUGCAUAUUUCGAACGACAAUGUGUGUUUUAUCGAACUGACCAGCUCACCAGCGAAAUUAUUUCGCAUUACACGAAGCAAGCAUUGCGACAGAUGUAUGUUCUGGUUCUUGGUUUGGAUAUUAUUGGUAAUCCAUUUGGUCUGGUCCGAGAUCUUUCGGCUGGAGUUGAAGAUCUCUUCUAUCAGCCUUUCCAAGGACUCGUUCAAGGACCCGAGGAAUUCGCCUCUGGUGUAGCUCUGGGUGUCCAAUCGAUGUUCGGACAUGCUGUUGGUGGAGCAGCAGGUGCAGUUGGUCGAAUCACCGGAACUGUAGGCAAAGGUGUAGCAGCGCUUACAUUUGAUCAGGAAUACCAGAGGAAGCGUCAGCAAGACUUGAAUCGUCGACCGCAAUCGUUUGGCGAAGGAAUGGCGAGAGGCGUGAAAGGUCUUGGAGCGGGCGUUGUUGGUGGUAUAACGGGCAUUGUGACGAAGCCAAUCGAGGGCGCUAAACAAGAAGGUGGAUUUGGAUUCGUCAAAGGCGUGGGAAAGGGUCUUGUUGGAGUCGUCACUCGACCAGUAUCUGGUGUGGUCGACUUUGCGAGCAGUACUAUGCAUUCAGUACGGCGAGUGGCAGGUGCCAGCGAGGCUGGAGCACUUCGUCCUCCACGAGUUAUACGCCCAGAUCAUAUCAUACGACCUUACAGCUACCACGAUGCGCUUGGAUUCAAGAUAUUCAAUGACACUGAUCGAGGAGAGCUUGCUGAAACCGAUGAGUUCAUCACUUACGCUCAGAUCACGGACAAAGUGGUUUUGUUGGUCACCAAUGCACAACUGGUGCUGGUCAAGCGCACAGAUUUGAUGGGCACGUGGGCGACCGAUUGGGCGACUGAGUACGACAAGAUCAAGGAACCGAUUUUCGUUGAAAAGGGAAUCAAGAUAGUGCUGAAGCAGAAGAAACGCGGUUUCCUGGGAAUCGGCUCCACCGAAGGAAAAAUCAUCACAUUUGACCAUGCCGAGGUGAGGAUAUCCAACAGAAGGUGUUGGCAGCGUAUAAAGCAGCCACGCAGUUGCCAACCUAAGGACAUGAGAUGA